AUGGCAUCCUUCACAGCACUCUUGGUGCUAUGGACACUCGUAGUCCAGACAAUCGCGAAAGUCAACACCAGCUCUUUCUUGCCAAUUCCCGAUAAGCCACGGGUAUUCAUUCUCUCCGAUAUCUCAAAUGAGCCCGAUGAUGCCGAGUCCUUGACCCGGUACCUACUUUACUCCAACCAGUUCCGUACAGAGGGCAUUGUUGCCGUGACAUCGACAUGGCUGCGCGAUGAAGUCCACCCUGAAGACAUGCUAUCUGUGAUUAAUGCCUAUGGAAAUGUCACCGACAACUUGAAUCGCCAUGCUCCCCCGGGCUCCCCAUACCCCUCGGGACAACAUAUUCGCAGUCUCCUGCGAACGGGCCCUUCGACCUAUGGAAUGACCGCUGUUGGAAAGAACGUCACCCUUAGCGAUGGAGGAAAACUGCUCCUCCAGCGCCUUCAAGAGAAGUCCGAGGAACCCCUCUGGGUCCUUGCGUGGGGUGGAACCAACGUACUCGCUCAAGUUCUUUUCAAGAUUCACGACACCUACUCGAAGACUGAAGCUGCUGCCAUGCGGUCCCGCCUCCGUGUCUACGCGGUCUCUGACCAAGACGACACUGGUGCCUGGAUCCGCCAGCAGUUCCCCGACAUUGUCUACAUUGCUUCAACCCACGGCUGGAACCAGUACGGUCUUGCAGCAUGGAUUGGAAUCUCCGGAGAAGACUACUACGGCGUGGACCAAGGAGGCCCUGAAAAUAGCACGGUAUCUCACAAGUGGUUGCGCGACAACAUCCAAGUCGGACCCUAUGGCAAGGCUGCGUACCCGAAUUACAAGUUCAUCAUGGAGGGGGACACCCCAACCUUCCUGUAUCUGAUCCAGAAUGGACUCGGCGUACCCGAGCAGCCAGACUACGGCUCCUGGGGUGGAAGAUACUCCAAAGUCAACCCGUCGACUGUUCUGGAGUUCAACCACUACGCUGAUGCCGCUGACCGCGUCGUCGGAAAGAACAACGAGACUUUUACCUCCAGCCAAGCGACUAUCUGGCGUUGGAGAAAUGCCUACCAAAACGAUUUCGCCGCUCGCAUGCAAUGGUCUCUCCCGGCCAAUAUCAGCAAAGCAAACCACCACCCGGUAAUCUCGGUAAACGGGAGUGCCGAGCUUGCUCCUCUGAAGGUUACUGCCGAGGCUGGCUCAAGCAUUUCAUUCAAUGCUGGCGCUACAAGGGACCCUGAUGGUGAUUCCUUGAGCUUUAAGUGGUUCCAGUAUAGUGAGCCUGGAUCGAGCGAUUGGAACGUUGCGGGUCAAGUUCCCGCACUUAAUAUCACCUCCACUAACGGCGGCCGGGAAGCACACGUGCAUCUCCCUGCAGCUAGUGAGAGCUGCAAUGGCAAGGCCCUUACUGAAUCUGGCUGCUGGUUGCUGCACCUGAUUUUGGAAGUCACCGAUGAUGGAUACCACCCCCUCACGAGCUAUCGCCGGAUUCUGAUUCAAGCGACGAACGCCACUGAGACAUCUUCAUGA